ACUUUGUAUAUGUGUAUGCGUGAGCUCUCAGCACCAUACGCUGCUACUGACACACCUUCCCUCCACCAAAACCGCACUUUAUACCAUUACAUUUUCCAUUUUUGAUUCUGGCUCGAGUGCUGUCUGCACAGAGUGCUUUUCUGGCCUGAAAAGAACUUUCUCUCCUCUUUUUGUUUCUUCUUCUUUUCUUCUCUUCAGCAGGGCAGUUCAUUGUGAGAGUUGCCAAAAUCCAUCUCAUUUUCCUGCGGCUCGUGUUUUCAGCGAAACAGAAACGGGCGACUGUUGCUGAGGAGUUCUGGCUGGGCUCGUGUUGUUGUGUGUUUCCUCAGGUCUACCAAACCACUGGAAGAAAGACACCGCCGCGUUCAGAGAGGCCUCCCACUCCACACGAUCUGCUGCCCAACCUCCUCUCCGUCUGGGACCCUGGAGACCGAAGCUUUAGCUCCAUCCCUCCCUCACGCAGCUGUAUGUGCAACCACUACAAAACGGCAGAUAAUUGGACGCUGUUGCUCACACGUCGAGAGAGACAGAGACGAAGAGAGGCAUAAGGCGAUAAGAUAGCAAGAACGGAGGCUUUUCCUGGACAUGCUUUUGAUCUGACGUCCAGGCGUCUGAGCUGUUAAAGGUAAGAGAUAGUCUAAACGUGUCCUUCUCUGGAAGACAGCAUGAAGAGUUUCACCAUCAGCCGGUUCCAACUGACUGCCAUGACAACAGGUUUGGUUCUGCUCUGUCUGGGAAGUUCAGGUCUGGAACUCAAUCCCGACGUUCCACAGGUCGUCCUCCCUAUCAACUCCUCCUUCACCAUCACCUGCUCCGCCUGGAGUAACGUCACCUGGCGCUUCAAGCGGGAGGAGAACGUUCCGGAGUUCCACACCGAGAGCCGAAGUCCCACCUCCAGUGUUCUCAGUCUGGAGCAGGUCACCUGGAGACACACGGGGGUUUAUGUGUGCAUGGAGAACGGGACAAAUGUUACCAGAGAGGUGGCUGUCUUUGUGCCUGAUCCUGAGGUGUGGUUCCUCGAGAACGAUCACAACAUGGUGACUAAGACGAGUGAGGAAGGCACAAUCCCGUGUCUGGUGACGGACCCGUCGAUAAACGUCACUCUAUAUGAUAAAGAAACAGAGAUGGUGGUGGAGGGCUCGUACAACCCCAGCGUGGGCUACACCGCCGCCCUGGAGGACAGAAACUACAAAUGCAAAGGAGAGUUGAACGGCGAGGAGAAAGAGUCAAUCUUGUUCCACGUCUACAGUAUAUAUGCUCCCGAGGGUCUGGAUCCCUACAUCAACGCCUCCAAAACGGUCCUGAAACAGGGCGAGACGCUGAACGUUAACUGUACCGUUCACGGCGCGGUGCUCGUCUACUUCUCCUGGGACUUUCCCAACAAAGACGUUGGGGACAUUGAGCCCUUGACUGACUUCCUGUCAGCCACAAGCAUGCGGUCCUGUCUUAACAUCACGGACAUCUCGCUGGCCAGAUCGGGACAGUAUGUUUGUCACGUGCAUGAGAGUGUGCAGGACAUUAUGGCUUCAGCCAGUAUUGACAUCACUGUUCUGGAAAGAGGUUUCGUGGCUCUCACUUCACAUCUGGACAGGAACAUCUCGGCACGGCUCGGAGAAAACGUGGAGUUGAAGGUUGAGAUCGAGGCGUAUCCCAAACCCACCGUUAGCUGGUCUAAAGACGGCGCUGUUAUCAGAGGACACAACAUGAGACAGGAACACGAGACCCGGUUUGUCAGCACAUUGACCCUGGUCAGGAUCCGACUGGAGCAGAUGGGGCUCUACACUGUUAGCGUCCAAAAUGAAGAUGACAUUAAAGAGAUGACCUUUGACCUAGAGGUGAAAGUUCCUCCUCAGAUAACUGAACUCUCUGACCAUCACCUGGCAGAAAAGAAGCAUGCGGUCACCUGUGUGGCGGAGGGUGUGCCAUCUCCCAGCAUUCAAUGGUUCAGCUGUGACAGCAUGACCAAGUGUAGUAACAGAAGUGCUGUAUGGAGCCCCCUAGUGGAGGAUCCUGAGAGUGUCUCCAUCCAUACUAAUGUCACCUACAACAACACACGCAAGAUCCACCAAGUGCACAGUCAGGUGACCUUCCUCCGGCCGCAGCUGGUCACCAUCCGCUGUGAGGCCAGUAAUGAGAGAGGAGCUCGAGCCAGAGACAUCAGACUGGUCAACAGCACGUUGUUUUCUCAGGUGGCUGUACUGGCCGCAGUCUUGGCACUGGUGGUCAUCGCCAUCAUCUCCAUCAUCAUCCUCAUCGCUGUGUGGAGGAAGAAGCCACGGUAUGAAAUCAGGUGGAAGGUCAUUGAAUCAGUCAGUUUAGAUGGACACGAGUACAUCUACGUUGACCCCAUUCACCUGCCCUAUGACCUGGCCUGGGAGAUGCCACGGGACAGUCUGGUGCUGGGUCGUACGUUGGGAUCUGGAGCGUUUGGGCGUGUUGUUGAGGCAACAGCGUAUGGUCUUGGCCGUUCCCAAUCCACCACUAAAGUAGCGGUGAAAAUGCUCAAAUCGACAGCACGGAGAAGCGAGACACAAGCUCUGAUGUCUGAACUCAAGAUCAUGAGUCACCUGGGUCCUCACCUGAACAUCGUCAACCUGCUGGGUGCUUGCACCAAACAAGGUCCAUUAUAUCUGGUGACAGAAUAUUGUCGCUAUGGUGAUCUGGUGGACUACCUGCACAGGAACAAGCACAGCUUCCUUCAGUACUACGCUGACAAGAACCACAUCGCCAAUGGCAGCCAGAUCUGUAACGAUAGCAAUGUGCCAACCGGAAAAGAGUAUGUGUCAUUUGGCAGUGAGUGUGAUGGCGGAUAUAUGGACAUGACCAAAGACGAGCAGACGGAAUAUGUCCCGAUGCAGGAGCUCACGGACACUAUCAAGUAUGCAGAUAUCCAGCCGUCACCCUACGAGUCCCCUUACCAGCAAGACAUCUACCAGGAGCAAGGUCACAGGGUGGAUCGCUCUCUGGUCAUCAGUGAUUCUCCGGUUCUGAGCUACGUUGACCUUGUUGGUUUCAGUUACCAGGUGGCAAAAGGCAUGGAGUUCCUGGCCUCAAAGAACUGUGUCCAUCGAGAUUUGGCGGCAAGAAACGUUUUGAUCUGUGAGGGCAAACUGGCCAAGAUCUGUGACUUUGGACUGGCCAGAGACAUCAUGCAUGACAACAAUUACAUCUCCAAAGGCAGCACGUUUCUUCCUCUGAAGUGGAUGGCACCAGAGAGCAUCUUUCAUAACCUGUACACCACUCUGAGUGACGUCUGGUCUUACGGCAUCUUACUCUGGGAAAUUUUCACUCUGGGAGGAACACCAUAUCCAGACCUGCCGAUGAAUGAGUUGUUUUACAGCGCUCUGAAGAGAGGCUACCGCAUGGCCAAACCCUCGUACGCCUCUGAGGACAUUUAUGAGGUCAUGAGGAAAUGUUGGGAUGAGAAGUUUGAGAAGCGUCCGGAGUUCUCCUUUCUGGUGCACACGAUGGGGAACAUGCUCUCAGACGGAUAUAAAAAGAGAUACUCUCAGGUGAGCGACAGCUUUCACAAGAGCGAUCACCCUGCAGUAGCUCGCGUGAAGCCACGGGUCCCCUCUCCAUUCCCGGGUGUCUUCCCUCCUCAAUCUCCCACUUCAGAUCAAACACCAAACCCGACCCCGCGUCCGCAGGCCGACGGAGAGGAGGCUCCGCACAACGAGUACAUCAUCCCCAUCCCCGACCCCAAGCCAGAAGAGGAGACCCAGGAUGAGCCAGUGCUGACGGAAAUCCCCUCGAGCUCCUUAAGCUCUGAUGAGGAGACGGACUCCAUGGAAACCCCGAGUACGGAACCUGAGCGGGAGGAACUGCUGCCAGAACAUUCUGGAAGUCUAGAAGUGGAGGAGAGCUUCCUGUGACACGUUCCUACUUCCUGUCAUCAUGAAGUAAUUUUAAUGUACAUUUUGAGCAGAUUUGAAAUUGCAUACAUCAGAUUGCAUAAAUCAGUUCAAAACAAAUGCUCAUGAAUGCAUCAGAAUGAUAUGCUAGACUUCCUCGUGUGCUCUUAAAGGACCGUCUGUGAAGGUUGAGGCUUGAACCUUUCUUGUUUUUUCUUUUGUAUUUUUAUUAAAGUGGUACAAUGCAGUAUUAUAAACUGCAGAAGGCAAUGCUAGAAUCAGCUGAUGCUUUACAUUCAUUGUUAUUCAAAAGGUACAAAUCAAACUUCAAACACUUCAGAAAUAUGUAUUAUGUUAUAGAGGGUUUUUGAACAUUGUAAAAAAAAAUUAAGUGCAUUGUAUUCAGGCAGAGGCCUGUGUCUUUUGAUUUUAACUUUUGAUUUUUUGAACUUUUGAUUUUAACUAAAGAUUCGUGUAGCAAACUUGCACUUUAAUGUUUCUGAGUAAUUGAAGCAAAUAGAUUAUACACACGGAUGUGAUUAUUUGUGAUUUUGUUUUUACAUUCUGUAAAGGGAACCAACAGAGAACACAGGAUAGAUUGUUUUAGCAUGGAUUGUACAGCUACGUUGCAAAAAUGAUUUUCUUACUUUCUAUGGUCUUAUUUUCCAGUAUAAUUAAAUAAACAUUCUUAAAUCAACAUACAUUUACUUGAGAAGCAAAAUAACACAUUCAACAAUACUGAUGAAGGACAUCAUGUUUUGUACAGAAUCCUGCUGUUCAAUGUGUCAUUGAUAAUAACAGUAUAUCUGAAUGACUCACAGUACAUUAGAAUCAAAUUAGUACCAGUCCAAUAAUAACACAUACACACAAUGUUUGGGUACUUCUUACAUUGAUCUUUAUUUUCAUGCAAACACAUAAUAUACCCAGAGUUUGAGAAGGUGUUUGUAUGGCUUCGUCUUGUCUUUUCAUCUUGAUUAUUCUUCUUUGUCUUGAUUAUAACAAUUUAAGUGUUUGUAUGUAUGCACAAGGCCUUAUUAAAUUACACAUCUCAAUACAUAUAUCACAUAGUAAAGUUACACACUCUAAAGGUACCAAAGCUUUAUGUAUGUUUACAAGUAUAUUUUUGUAUAGAUAUUUUGUACAUUGCUCUUUUACACAUUCCAUGUAUGAUAAACAAUAAAAAGCUGUGAUAAAGUCUUUAA